AUGAAUAAGUUGUUAUGUCCUUUUUGGGUCAAUAGAGUGGAUGGAAUUUCCGUCGACAAUCCCUCUGCUUUGACAUUAGGCGAUUUACUUUACUGCGAUGUGAAUGAUCAGGAGGAGGUUUGGAGCUACGUUCUUUUAGCUAAUUACAUGAUAGACAUCGAGUGGCUUGUUCGUGUGGCUCCAUCAUUGUUACAGACUAAGCAACAAAUUUUUAUCGUGUCAGGUGAAAAAGAAUAUGAAAAAAAAAUUCAAUCUUCUUUUCUUUUUCGGUACAUUAAGGCCGAAAAGGUUAGAAUUGUGGAACCGAAAUUGCCACUUCCUUUUGGCGUGCAUCACAGCAAGCUUGUCUUAUGUGUGAAUGCAAACGGUAUUCGAGUUGCAGUACUUACGGCGAAUUUUAUACAAGAUGAUUGGGCUUACAAAUCACAAGGUAUAUACGUGCAGGAUUUUCCACGAAAGCAGAAUUCACCUAAAACCGACCAAGCAAAUUUAACUUUUUCUGCUGGAAAUGAAAUUCGAGGAAACAAAUUUAAAAAUGAGCUUUUGAGGUACUUAAAUUGCUAUGGCAUAAUAUCUAAUACGGAGAAUACAGUGGCUAUUCCAAGUACCCUAUUUGAUGAAAUUGAUUUUAGUGCCGUUUGCGUAGAAAUCAUAACAUCUAUUCCGGGAUAUCAUCGAUAUACUGAUAUUCAUUCUUUUGGAUUGGGACGAAUACCAAAGGUCCUGCAUUCUAUAGAUACGGAAUUGAGUGACAGUAUUCGGGCGCCGUUGUUAAUAUGGCAGUUUUCUUCUCAAGGAAAACUAACAAAUUCCUUUUUAAAUGCGCUGGAAAAUGCAAUGUCGACAGAGUGGAAGAGCAUUGAAGAAGCGAAUAAGAAACCCUUACGCCCGUUGGUUCAAAUAGUGUAUCCAACUGAGUCUGAAGUGAGGGAGAGCUUAGAGGGGUGGCGUGGCGGUCUUUCUCUUCCUCUGCGGUUAAGCUCUUGUCAUCCCUAUAUAAACAGGCGUUUACAUCGCUGGGGACAAGGUACAAGAGGCCUCUGCAAAAUAGAAUUUUUAAGAAGAAGAGCAUUACCUCACCUAAAAACCUAUAUGCGUCUUAACGAAAAAAAAGAUGGAAUCAAAUGGUUUAUUUUAACAAGCGCCAAUCUUUCUCGGGCUGCAUGGGGUGAAUGGCAAAAAAAAGGUGAUCAAUUGGCAAUUAGAUCUUAUGAAUUUGGAGUUGUAUAUGGAAAGGGCUCUUUUAUAAGUUUUCUAGAAGGGGAGCCUUUUAGUGUUACACCUUCUAGAAAAAUACCUCUUCCCUCUUUAGUGGAAGGUGAUGGCCUGGUAGAAGUUCAUAUUGAUCAAGGUGGGAAGCAAAAUAUUGAAGAGGGCCCGAGUUUGUUUUUGCCAUAUGAUCCUCUUCAUUUAGAGCCAUAUGCAAGCACUGUACAAAUGCAGGAUCAGAGAGGUAAUAACUGUGAAUCCUGGAUUAAUACCGAUGAUAUUCCGUGGGUCAUUGACAUGCCGCAUUUUGGCAAAGACGUUUUUGGAAAAGAGAUACAUAGAGCCAUGGAACUUGACGGAAGAUGUGAACACACAAGUCUUGAGAUGGGGAAAAAAAAUAUUUCAAGACCUGAAAUACGAUUUAUAAAGCGUCAGAGACCUGAUUAA